ACUUGGUGCCUAUGCAGUUUCCACCUUGGGAUUGUCUUCUAGGGCCAACUUCCACCAAUGGAAGUAAAAUUUGUUUUUCCAGCACUCUGGGUUGCCUGGAGUAACUGGCUGUCGGUCAGAGGGAACCUGACAGAUCUAUUUUGGUUUUGUUGAACCUCUCUACCACAUGUCAUAAAGAUUUCCUGAGUGCAGAAGCUGCACUGGAAACGACUGAUCAGCGCAAAAAUGUGACUCUGACAAGAGACUCCAAGCUUUUUGACAAGGAGUUUUCUACUGAACAAUUUGUAAUUUAAACCUGUAGCUAAGUAUGAAUAAUACUUAAGCUGAUAGUGGACAAAAAGCCUUCUCAUUAAUUAGGACUGCCAGAAAGCAGCCACCUGAAGGUUCAAAAUGAGCACUCCGUUAAUUCCAAACAAGUCAUGUUACACUCAGCUUCAAGACAACCGCAGCGAAAUAAAGAAUAAUAAUGCAAGUGUAGUGAACGUGGGGGACACCAAUGCCAACCAAAUUGUGGCAAAAGUUAGAACCACUGAAGGUGAUGCCAAGAAAUGUGGUUUGACAGAUGAGAGUGGGAAUGUACAGCUGAGUACAGAUCAGAAUAAACUUCUGGCCUCUACGGAGACUCAGAUAUGUGACAGCAGUGUGCAGGAAAGCAAGCGGUCUCCCACCCCAAACAGGCAAAUGGGGAAAGAAGGUAGGACCAGUGAAGCAAGGGAGAUAUCGAGGCACAUCAGGAUCAGCCGAGGACAAAGUCUGUCCAAUCUGAAAAGCAGCACCAAUGAUGCCAACCUUGGAGUAGUUUCUAAAGGGGAUACUGACUUCACCCAGAACUUUUCUAAGGGUAAAAUGGCCAGGACUGUGGAGAUGGAGAGAAUAAAGAGGCUUUCUUUGGGAAGACCAAGUAAGUUUUCUGCUCAGACUGAAACAUUUGCUAAGGAAUGUGUUGGCCGUGUGUCAUGUAAACGUUUGCUUUCUGCAUCACUCGAUUCUAUCGACAGGUCGCACCAUUUGAUUGGAAAUACAGAGAAAUCACAAAAAACAUCCACCGAGCAUUUUCUCGGGAUGGUGUUUCAUCCACAUGACAAUACCUCAGAGGAAAAUACUGCGUUUCGUUCUAAACCAUCUACCUCAGGGAACAAGAAAACAUCUAAACCAGAAACCCCAACGGAUGUGCAAAGUGUGCAAAGUGUACCAAAUAUUAACACUGAAAGCACACUGCAAACUUCUCGUACUGAUUUGCAUUCAGCUAUUAAGCCCAGUGAGACUGCUAGUAAAUCAGAAGCACAAUUAGGUCAGGGUGAUAAAAGUAAAAAACUGGAGUUUAAACCUGUACCAUCUCUACAAUCUAAAAACAUAUGUCAACAAAAGAUUGAGAGGAUUAUGCUGGUAGAAUUUCUGGGAUGUCAAAAAGAGGAACAUGUAAUAAUGCAAGAAAAGAAAGGUUCUGGAUCUGAUGCAUCAAAAUUUCAAGCUUCCCAUUUCCCAGACAUCUGUCAUAAAGCAGAGGAUCCAUCGCCAAGCCAGGCGGUCACCCAGCCCAGUGACAAACUGCAAAGUGCUGACAACGUCAUUCCCAGGGCAGGAGGAGACAGCAGUGAGAGUGACAGCAGGGCAACUAUUAGUGAGGAAUAUUUCACUGACAAGGAAGUGGAAUCAGCGUUACCACCCACUUGUGAUAACAAAGAAAUACUUGGAAAAGGUGAAAAUUUAUGUGAAGUUGAUGCAAUCUGCAGUGAAACGGUGGGUGAGCAGGAAUCUUUUACACAGAACAAUAAUCUAUCUGAGAGCAAACCCUUGAAAGCUAAUGAAGAUAAACCAAUGCCAGUCAAAGGAAACAGUGAAGAUGCCACUGUGCUGCCUUCCAAUCUCUCAGAUCAGUCUAGAGUGCUGAGUACAGAAACGGCGUCAAAUGAACAGCAAAGCAAAGAGGACAGUGAGGUGGAAACCUCCAGCUUGUCAGCUCCAAGUAAAAAGACAACGAUUGCCAAGAAACUCGCCUCAUAUGAAGCCCCAGAGAGCUACAAAAUUUCAGCGAAGGCUGAAGCCUUUGUGUGCGUUCCCACUCCCUUGCGCCCAGUGGCAACUCUGAACGUCAACAACCAGCCCGCACUAGCAAACAGCAAUCUGAAGGACCUUUAUGCGCUUCAUGUUGACAAACUGUCACCCUCCUCAGUCCUACCUCCCAUCGACAGCACGCAGUUGUUAAGCAUAUCCCCUAAAGUGCCUAUCAAGACUGUUUGCAGCAGUGCAAUCCCCAAACCCAUCUUGGUCCACUCCAAGGGCUCCCUUGGAGACAAGGUUGAUGUGGACAGUGACUGCAGCGAAAAGCUGGAGGAAAGCAUCGAAUUGAAGCCUGCCGUACCCAAGCCCAAACACGUGAGACCUAAAAUCAUCACUUACAUUAGGAGAAACCCUCGUUCAAUAGACCAGCUUGACCCGUCAUUUGCCUCUGCAGGGCUGUCAUAUGGCGCCCCGGCAUGUGGCAUGCCCAUCUCUAAGGAAGAGAAGGCAUCAAAUGGAGGUGAUGUGAAGCCCUCCAACAUCCUGUAUGACAAAUUUAAACCUGACCUCCAGAAGCCAAGAAUCUUCAGUUCUGGACUUGUGGUAUCAGGAAUUAGGCCCCCUGGUCAUCACUUUGGACCAAUGAGUGAAAAAUUUCUGCAGGAGGUUGGGGAAAGGCCUGUGAAAGAUGAAUUUUGUCCUCCACCCUAUACUCACUAUGAAGUCCCACCGAGUUUUUAUAGAUCUGCAAUGAUACUUAAGCCCCAGUUAGGACUGGGUGCAGUUUCAAGGCUACCGUCUGCAAAGAGCAGGAUUCUCAUUGCAAGUCAGAGAUCUUCAGGCUGUCUCCAUCAACCAGGAGAAAUGACAACUGCUCCCGGCCUCUAUCAUCCUGAUACUUCGGUGGAUCUUAAAAAAGGCCCGUGUCCAAAUUCUGCAAAGUCAAAUCUGCCCAAGCCAUGCCAGUCUGGACUUCGUCCCCCUGGAUAUUCCCGCUUGCCGGCGGCUAAGCUGGCAGCCUUUGGCUUUGUCAGGAGCUCAAGCGUGUCCUCUGUCUCAAGCAACCAGUCAAAUGACAGCGCUCAGAGCGAUCAAAGCAAGACAACCAACCGUUCCAGCUUUGGAAACGAAGAACAAACCGCUCCUAAGGCAGCUGCUCCUUCUAAGGAUGUAUCCAAGGGGAGCAGCAAGAACACAGCACAGGUCCCCAGCAGCACAGCGACCCCACGCAGGAGCUUACUGCCAGCACCAAAAACUACCACAGCACCUUCUGGUUUGAAGAAAGAAGUACAGAAAGAUCAGGAAGCCAAUAGACCGUCUGUCUCAUCCCCAAAGAGAUCAGCGACAUCAGCCACCAAGCCCCAUUCACCAGGACAUCCCAAACAAAGGUCAGCUACUCCAAAGAAUGGAUUUUCCCCCAAGCCAGGAGGAGAGAGUCGAGAGCCUGAAAAGCAGUUCGUCCAGAGGCUGAAGGAGAAGUGUGACGAGCAGUCCAGGCAGUUGAGCAGUAUUCGAGAUGAACUGAAACGGACCAGCUGUGGCUUUGUUGUCUUUGCUAUAACAACACAGCACUUCUUCAGGCAGAAUGAAAGUGCCCUUGUGAAAGAAAAGGAGUUGUCGGUGGAGCUUGCAAACAUCAGGGAUGAAGUGGCCCUCAACACGGCGCGGUGUGAGAAGCUGCAGAGCGAGAAGGAGGAGCUGGAGCGGCGGUUCGAGGAGGAGGUGCGCAAGCUGCGGCGGCAGCAGCAGGAGCAGCUGCAGGCGCUGGAGCAGCGGCUGCGGGCGCAGCACGGCGCCGAGGUGCAGCGCCUGCAGGAGGAGCACCGGCUGCAGCUCGCGCGGGCCCACGGCCAGCACCRGGAGCAGGUGGAAGAUAUCACAGCUACACAYGAAGCUGCGAUGCUGGAGAUAGAGAACAACCACACCAUUGCCAUUGCAAUCCUGCAGGAUGAGCAUGACAGCAAGCUUCAAGAACUGCUGUCUGCUCAUGACCUGGAAAAGAAAGAAUUAGGAGAGACUUUUGAAAAACUGCGUCUGUCGCUCCAGGACCAGGUGGACACCCUCACCUUCCAGAACCAGUCACUUAAGGACAAAGCAAAGAGAUUUGAAGAGGCUUUGAAGAAAAACACCGAGGAACAACUGGAGAUUGCACUAGCUCCAUAUCAGCACUUGGAAGAAGAUAUGAAUAGCUUAAAACAGGUUUUGGAAAUGAAGAACCAUCUGAUUCACCAACAGGAGAAGAGGAUUAUGGAGCUAGAAAAAUUGGCUGAAAAAAAUCUAAUCCUGGAAGAAAAAAUCCAGGUGCUGCAGCAGCAGAAUGAAGACCUCAGAGUCAGAAUUGAUCAAAAUACCGUCGUAACAAGGCAGCUGUCAGAGGAGAACGCUAACCUUCAAGAAUAUGUCGAGAAAGAAACGGAGGAGAAGAAGAGGCUGAGCAGAACUAACGAGGAGCUCCUUUGGAAGCUGCAGACCGGAGAGGCCAUGAGCCCCGUUAAACUCUCUCCCACGUCUCCUACUCCUAUUUACUGCUGCUCUUCAGGGCCUCCCACUCCAGCAAAAGUCAGCACCGUGCCCAGAUGACAGUGCCCGCCGCGUGCUCAAGAUAACCUGGCUUUUACGUGCGUUCCCAGCCUGCUGAAUGUCAUCAUCCAAGGAAGUAUUGCCAACAAUACGCACCGGGAUUCRUUCCUGCAAGCAUGCUCUGUAGCUGCGUAGCUUUCCACUAGGCAGUGUGCUCUUACAAUCCCAGUAUAGGAGCUCCUGGUUCYGGCAUGCUGAUGUGUUAGGAUAGCAUAACCAGUCUAGUAUGAUGUGUUAACGUUUUAGCUGUGGUUAGAGCCACAAGAAGGAAAAUGCUACUGUUAGUGGUUCGUCAGAAUGGACUUUUGCUGCAGUAUUCCAGGUUAGUUAAGAACACAGUCCAAGUUGUGGAUGUCUCUAUAUGUGUGUCUGUGUUUAUAUACACGUAUGUAUUCUACCUUCAUACCUAUAUAUAGACGCGCACACAUAUAUAUGUAGUUGAAGAUGUUCUGAAUUGCAUUUUUUUUAUAUUAUUGGAUACUAUUAAGUGCUGAUAUAUUUUCAUUAGAGUCAGCGUUUUUCUAACUCGUGCCUAAGACUUGUAUCUAAACAAAAUGCAUUUCUGUUUAGCCUCCCAGGAAUAUUUCUACCCAAACUAGAAGAAAGUUACACAGAAGUAGAAGCGCCUUCCAAACGACCACCGAGUGGUACUCUUUAUAACGUGAACACCAGCGACUUUGAAAUUUUCAAACAGUACUGCCUUCAAAACCAUCACCUUUGUAUUCAGCACCAGACAGGAGACACAUCCCUUUCUCUGCUUUUUAAUUCUUAGCAUCAGUAUUGUGAGUGGAUAUAGACUAGAGAGGAGAAACCUGAGGAUUUUAGUGAAUUUGGUAGAGGUUACCGGUUAACGUGUUUCAAUCUUAGUAUUUUUAAAUUUUAAUUAGAGCUAAUCUUAUUUAAACUUGCCGUGUUUUGGAUACAAUCAAAAUCUCUGGCUCUAGGUUCCUGUCCAUGUUGAUUUAUUUCAAGUUCAAUAAGCAAGAAGGAGAAAAAUUGCUCAAACUUUGRCCUUUGUUGACCAAGAGAUUCCCAGUAUUGGGACCAGAAAUGGGAGUGCCUGCUAGGGCUCUAACUUCCUCCUGGCUGACACACCAAGUGAAAUACAGAGGACUAUUUGGGAGUAAAUGAGGACGGAUUUUUUUCCUUCCAUAUUUAUAUGUUAUUCCACAUUGCUAAAUUUUACCCAAAGUUACAGAGCACUUUCAAGAUUUGUGGGAAAGAUUUGUCAAACUACCUUUAACUUCUCUGCCUUGUAGGAAAAAAAAAAAAAACAGAAAAAAAAGAAAGAAAAAUGAAAGAAAAUAAACAUGCACCCAUUUCCUUCAGCUUUCCUCUCCCUAGGACAGUGAUACCACACGUGUGAGCUGCAGAAGGGCCACAGCGGCCAGUGCCACACAUGUCUGGCUCCAAAGGGCUGUUCCUGCACAAACAGUAAUUUUCCCAGGAGUCCAGGACCAGGGAUGGGAAACAGGUGGGCCAAAAUGUCAGGACACCAAGCAGAGGCUCUGGUGGAAAGAGCUAAAGGGCUCUUGUCAGUGCUGCUACCACCAUAGGGCUGGCCACGAGGUGCGUAGGGUUAGGUGAGCCUGGUAUGGACAUGUGUGCUGGAGCACAGCUCUUGAGGUUGACUCAUCCACCCACAAGAGGGAAGAAUCUCUUAGCAUAAUCCAGAAAAAGGAGAUCUGUAGGAUUCUUUUAUAUUCAACUUGUGGCCAAGAAAUGGCAUUUGUUCCUGCUUCGAGCAGAAGGUCUAAGUAGGUGAGAGACAGUAUGUGCAGAAAAUACGUGGGAUGUGGGAGCUCUGUGAAAGAGCGUGGCUCUCAGACAAGGUCUGUGUGUUGUGGAUCAGGUACAGAGACACAGGUACACCUAGGGCCCAUGUGAACAGAGUUGGGRUUGCUCGAUGGGGCUGGAGUGCACAAGAACUGUGGUUUGGCUUUCCUGGGAAGCACUCAGGAUUCACAAACUGCAGCUUAGAUACAGCUUUGAUCAUCAAAGCAUAUGUGACCCAUUCCAUGACGUAAAAAAGGUGUUCUUUUUAUUUUCUCCUUUUUUAGAAAAAAAAAAAAAUGUAGCAGCUCUUGCAUGAUACUGUGAUACUGAGUAAAUUGAGCAUCUUGUUAGAAUAGAUCAUGCCACACCAGCUACCACUGUUGAAAUGCAUUACCAGAUUUUAACGUGCCCAGCAAGUAAAACCUGAAAGUAGAAUAGAUAUUUAACACACACAUGCACACAAAGCUCCUCCUUGCCAAGUAUAAUUUUAAUCUUUUUCAUAAUGCACUUGCUAAAUACACAGAUAUUCCUCAAUACCUACCGUUCUGUCAAGUCUCAGUCUGGUGCAAUGUGUUCUGAUACAGUAAGAGUGGUUACCAUGACACUAAUCUGGACUUUUCCAUGGUUUUCACACUAAAACAGAUUAUCAGCCUGGGGUGGGCUGGCUGAGCCAGUCCCUUCCAUUUCUUCAUCAUUUUCCUCUAUUUYUGGUGCUUUCCUUAUUCCUCUGUUGGCUGAAAUUCAUAUGAAACAGAUGCUUCCAGCAGUGCAUUGGGA